CCUACAACAGGCUACAGGCUUCAAGAACUUACUGAUGACAGUGAAGUGGAGAAGUGGCUACAACAACAAAUCAUUUAGUAUGUGGUAACUUUCAAUGGUUUUUGUUCUUUGUUAAGAAGAACGAAUAAAAUGCGUCAGAUCUAGUGGAAUCAAACAAACUAAAAAUAAAUAGUUAAAUUGUUAACAUUUAUUCACAUCAAUGGAAUCAUCACAGUCGAUCGAUUUAAAAAAUGAAAGCAAUAGAUUAAGUACAUUUGCUGGUUGGCCAGUAUCAUUUAUCAUUAGUCCGAAAAGUUUAGCAGCUGCUGGAUUCUAUUACACCAAACAAACCGAUAAAGUUAAAUGUGCUUUUUGUAAUAUUUGUAUUUGUCACUGGGAAUUCGGUGACAAUGCUGUUGAUGAACAUAAACGUCACAAUCCUGACUGUAGCUUUAUCCUUAGUCAAGACUGCGGGAAUAUACCUAUUAUCGAAGGAAUUCAGCUGAGGGGAGAAUUUGUUGAAAACCAUAAGGAAACUGGUGAACCAAUUGAUAUUCAAGGUUUGGGUGUAAGAGCUCAUAGAGUAGCUUUUCAUUUAAAGUAUAAUUCAUUUAGUGCUCGAUUGAGCUCAUUCAGAGGUUGGAAUAAUGAAUCACAAAAACCUGAAGACUUAGCUACUGCUGGAUUUUUUUUCACUGGUAGUAAUGACGAAGUUCGAUGUUAUUACUGUGAUGGAGGUCUUCAAAAUUGGGAGGUAGCAGAUAAUUCAUGGGUUGAACAUGCAAAAUGGUUUCCAAACUGUGGCUUUUUAAAUUUAGUAAAAGGAGAAAAAUUCUUAGAUGGAAGUUUGGUGGAAAGAUUUAAUGCGCUUUUAAGUAGACCUAGGCCCGAUGAUUCAACAGAGGGACAAGUGGUUAGUAUACACCAAACAGAUAACAUUUCCCCAUAUAAUAUGAGUUCUUCAACUAGAAGUAAUGAGACCACUGAUCGUCAAAUUAGCGAUCUUAUGCUAUUACCUCCUGCACUAAUGGCUUUAGAGUUAGGCUUGCAACCAUCUCAGAUUCGACAAGCAAUUCGUAGUAAUCUGCAAGAUAUCGGCACACCUUUUCGUUCAAUGGAUAGUUUUAUGCAACAGGUUUUAAAUCAAGAUCAAAAUUCAUUUUUUUCUGAUGGAGAUACAUUGACUCUGGAACAAAUUCUUCAGAGAGAAGGGCCAGUGGACAGAACAGGAGUUACUCAGCAUCUUUCUAAUGCAUUAUUGUCUGAAGAAUCUAGUGAAUCUAAUGAAAGUGACGAAGAUAGUAAUUUUGUGUUACAAAGCGAUUUAGAAGAUGAAUUAAUAUCUGAACCUCAAGAUCAAAAUAUAACAAAUAGUCAAAAUGAAAGUGAUACUCUUGAUAUAAAUGAAUCUGCAUUUAUAGCUGACAAUGUUCAUUCCAGUCAAUCUAACGAUACUAAAACUAAAGAAGAAGUUAAUUUACCAAGUGAUGAAUCUGGGAGUGGGAGUAUUAAAUUAUCUCAUUCAGAUUUAGAAGAAGAAAACCGUCGUUUGAAGGAAGCCCGCCUUUGUAAAAUUUGUCUAGAUCAAGAAUUGGGUGUUGUUAUGUUACCUUGUGCUCAUUUAGUUGCAUGCAUCACUUGUGCUUCUAGUCUACCAGACUGCCCAUUAUGUCGACAGACCAUCAAGGCUACUGUUCGUACAUUCCUUUCUUAAUGAUUGACAUUAUAUUUACAAAUUUUUACUUUGCACUUAAUUCACAUUUGUUGAACAUUUAAAUACUUAACAAAUUUGAUGUAUAGAUUGCCUGUUGCUAUUUAUAUAUAUAUAUUUAAUGUUAACCUUUACUAAAAGAAAAAAUUGGAAAUUUCAAAUAUAUUAAUGUUUUGUGUGAUUUUCAA